CCCGACUGCCUCCACCGCAAGACCAAUUUCAGGGCCGGGACGCGUUAGUCCCCCCCGGGCAGGAAUUGCAACUUGAAAUACAGACAAAGAAGCGGACGGUGUCGCCCAGCGACCGGAGGGGGUCGCAUACCUUUGGAGAUGGUGAGUGCCGGGGACCACUGAGACCUCAAGAUGUCCAGACAGAUGCUGCCGUUACUGUUGAUGUUGGGGUGGUAGAUUCGGGUCGUGAACGCCACCUGAUGGACACACGCGCACAGGCGCUGGAGUUUUGUGCUAGUUGCUUGACCUGGUGAUGCGUUCACUGACCUUUGGAGGUUUGAAGGGGUAGUCUGCGGGAAAGUGGAUGGUGAGGAAGAAGACGCCACCCUGGUAGGGACUGUCCGGCUACAUGCACGCGCACACACACACACAAUCAUGCGCACGCAUGCAUAUCAACACACGCUCACACACACGCACACACAGAGGUUCAACGCUGCUGCUUCUGGUGAUGGUUUGUGCGCGUGUGCGUGCUGCGCUUACAGGUCCCAUGAUGGUGGCCUGCCAGUGAAACACUGAGGAAGGAGGAGACAAGCCAAAGUUAGCCAAGAAGAGGCCAGGCAGAGCGCAGGGAGAGGUCAAGCUCGUCUUACUGUCCUCGUCGACGGGCCCCGCCGAACACUGAGCCGGAGGGUCUCGGGAAAGGUUCACUUCCUGUCCGCAAAAGUCCACUUCCUGUCCUCUUCCGGUCCACCAGAAAUGGAAGAUUUUCUGCCCUCAGCGUGCACGGACACGACCGGCAUGUGAUGUCACGGGAGUGGGCAACCAAUGAGAGGUGAGGUCUGCGCUACUAUUGGAAUGGUGCGACCGUACAGUACGUGGACACACACACGCACGCACGCAGGCUUUGCUCCAUUCCACUUCCUGUCCGCAGUCCGGUUCCUAUCCACAUCUAUUCCACUUCCUGUCAAAACAGAUUCCACUUCCUGUCUACUUCCUGCCCACAUGUUGUGCAACCCAUUGUACCUCCAUUCCACCUUGAAUUUUCCAGGCCACUUCCUGUCAAACAACGAACGUCCGCUUCCAGUCCACUGAUACCACUUCCUGUUGACGAGUCCACGAGUUCCACUUCCUGUCCACCAGAGUCCGCUUCCCGUCCAUUUCCUCCACGCUGUCGCUAUUGAGCGACAUUUCUUGCAGCGGGCCACGGCGGCCAAUGAGAGGCCCGGACGUUGCUAGUAUUCAAAUGAGGCGCCCAUAUACGGAGGGGAGGGCACGCCCCCUUCGCGUCCCGCGGGAGAUCCGAGCGUCCUGCCGGCCGGCCGGCCGGGAGAAGAAGACGAAGACGGAGGAGAAGAAGCUUUCCUCCGGGAGGGGGGGAGGGUUGAGCGAGGGGGGCAAUCUGCCUCGCCCCCCUCGCUCACCCACAACGCCGCCCCCUCCCCCCUCCCCCCUUCCUCCUCCUCCUCCUCCUCCUCGUGGCGUCGUGGACCUCCUUUUGAAGGCGAGUGUUGUUCUAUCAAAGCUUGUUUCUCUCUUUUCUUGGACUUUUUCCUCUGGCCGCCGGUCGCCUUCAUCCAGACUCUCCCGUCUUGACUGGCGCCCGCCGCCCCCCCGCUGCACCUUCGCACCCCCUUUGGGAUGCCCCCCCGCUCCGCUCUUCCCGGCGCAGAGUGCUGACGCUCUCCAAGAUCUCCAUCAUCGCUCCGGAGGGAUCGCACCUUCCGGACUCUCGUGCGGAUCAGGACCCCCUCGUUUUGGGAAAGUCCCACCCGCGCGCCCCCCGUCCGGGUGCCUGACGGAUUACUCUUCCUCCUCCUCUUCAUCGUUGCGGCAGCGCCGCUGCGCGAUGUUCUCCGUCCAGGACGGCCUCCCGCGGGGGGGUCUCACCAUGAAGGAGGAGCCACUCCCCGGCGGCAUGACCCCCGUGCGCUCCUGGAUGGCCGGCGGCGGGAUCCUGGACGCCAACACUGCCGCGCAGAGCGGCGUGGCUUUGGCUCGCGCUCACUUCGAGAAGCAGCCGCCGUCCAACCUGCGCAAGUCCAACUUCUUCCACUUCGUGCUGGCGCUUUACGACCGCCAAGGGCAGCCCGUCGAGAUCGAGCGGACGUCCUACCUGGACUUUGUCGAGAAGGACAAGGAGUACAAUGGCGAGAAGACCAACAACGGGAUCCAUUACAGGUUACAACUUCUGUACAGUAACGGCAUCAGGACGGAGCAAGAUCUUUACGUGCGCCUCGUCGACUCCAUGACCAAGCAGGCCAUUCUGUACGAGGGGCAAGACAAGAACCCGGAAAUGUGCCGCGUUCUCCUCACCCACGAGAUCAUGUGCAGUCGCUGUUGUGACAAAAAAAGUUGUGGAAAUCGAAACGAGACGCCCUCUGACCCGGUCAUCAUUGACAGGUUCUUCCUCAAGUUCUUCCUCAAGUGCAAUCAGAACUGUUUGAAGAACGCGGGCAACCCCAGAGACAUGAGGCGCUUCCAGGUGGUGGUGUCGACCACGGUGAACGUCGACGGUCACGUGCUGUCCGUCUCCGACAACAUGUUUGUCCACAACAACUCCAAACACGGCCGCCGCGCACGUCGCCUGGACCCGUCCGAAGCAGCCACGCCGUGCAUCAAAGCGAUCAGCCCCAGCGAAGGUUGGACCACCGGGGGCGCCACCGUCAUCCUCAUCGGAGACAACUUCUUCGACGGCCUCCAGGUGGUCUUCGGGACCAUGCUGGUGUGGAGCGAGCUCAUCACGCCACACGCCAUCCGCGUCCAGACGCCUCCUCGCCACAUUCCCGGCGUGGUGGAAGUCACGCUGUCCUACAAGUCCAAACAGUUCUGCAAAGGGGCGCCUGGACGCUUCGUCUACACGGCUUUGAACGAGCCCACCAUCGACUACGGCUUCCAGAGGUUACAGAAGGUCAUCCCUCGCCACCCCGGGGACCCCGAGAGGUUACCAAAGGAAGUGCUGUUGAAGCGGGCGGCCGACCUGGUGGAGGCGCUGUACGGGAUGCCGCACAACAACCAGGACGCGAUCCUGAAGCGGGCGGCCGACCUGACGGAGGCGCUGUACGCCGGCGUCCCUCGCGGUCACAACCAGCUGCCGUCGCUGAGCGGCGUGGCGGCGCACUCGGGAAUGAUGGGCAUCAACUCCUUCGGCGGCCCGCUGGCCGCAAACAUCUCGGAGGCGACGCAGGCCGACCAGGGUUACUCGCGCAGCUCCAGCAGCGUUUCUCCUCGCGGGUACGUGCCGAGCUCCACGCCGCAGCAGUCCAACUACAACGGCAUCAACGGCAUCGCGUCGUCCGUCAACGGCUACGGCGCCAUGAGCAACCUGGCCGUGCCCGGCUCGCCCGGCUUCAUCAACGGCGCCGGCGCCAACUCCGCGUACGCCGGCGUGCGUUCGUUCUCUCCUGUGACUAUGGUCUCUGCGGUCAAACAGAAGAGCGCCUUCGCCCCCGUGGUGCGGCCACAGACCUCCCCGCCCCCCACCUGCACCUCCACCAAUGGCAGCAGCCUCCAGGCGAUGGCCGGUCUCAUCGUCCCGCCCAUGUGAGACCCCCGACCGGGCCCCUCCCGCCGAGCUCGACGGAUUCCUCUACGCGGCGCUCUGAGCCUCCGCAGCUUCCCGCCUCUACUUUGAAGGUCACGUGA